AUGUCUGCCAAUUUGGACAAGUCUCUCGACGACCUCGUCGGCAACCAACGUCAGAGGCCCCGCCAGAAUGGCCGUCGCACCCGCCGCGCUGCUCCCAAACCCUCGACGGGAGGUGUGAAGAAGGCCUCCAAGGCUCCCAAUAAGGCAGUUUCCAAGGUGGUUCACUCUGAUUCUUCCAAGAAUGCUCCCAGCAAAAUUAUUGUGAGCGGACUGCCUACCGAUGUGAAAGGAGAUAAUAUCAAGGAAUAUUUCUCUCAGUCUGCAGGUUCCGUCAAGAAGGUGAUUCUCACCUACGACCAGAAUGGCCUGAGUCGUGGCAUUGCUACGAUCAUUUUCAAAGAGGCCGAUACCGCCGCUAAGGCUGCCAGGAAGCUGAACGGACUCCUCGUUGACGGACGCCCCAUGAAGAUCGAAGUUGUUUACGAUGCUUCUCACGCUCCUACCGUUGAAGCUCCCAAGUCUUUGACCGAACGUGUUUCUGUUCAAAAGUCCCAUAAGGCCAAACCCAAGCCGGCGACUGCUCCCAAGGCUGCGAAGGAUAACACCAAGGCUGGCGGUCGUCGUCGUGGCCGUGGCAAUGCCAACACCUCCCGCAAGCCGAAGACUGUUGAGGAACUCGAUGCCGAGAUGGUCGAUUACUUUAAUGAGACGCCUGCGGCUGCUCCCGCCAGCGGCACCGCCCAGCCUGCCACCAACGGCGGUGAUGCCAACGGAGAUGCCGGCAUGGAUGACAUCUAA